UUGUGGAGGACAAGUUUCUCUCAAAGAAUUAUUUGAUGGAUGUUGUAAUAUUUAUGUAGGUGUUGAUAAAUUAAUCAAGGGGGUCCGCGGAGUUGUCAGCAUCCCUUUAGCAUGUGACCAAAUUUGCAAAGGAGUUGUUUCGGAUGAAUUCUAGUUUCAUUAGCGGGGUCAUCAACGUAUCUUUAGAUUUUAGAAACCUUCGUUCCGUCAUCCUUUCUUUAUCUUAGCAAAGUGAAUUAACUGUAAGGAGAAGCUGUCAACACUUUCGUGCCCUUUUUGGAAACAAUAAUGGAACUAAUAAAAUCCUUCAAUACCUUCCAACACAACUUUACUUGCUUUAAUAAAUUUAUUUCAGAAAUUCUAUUAAAAUUCUCUCUAACAUUUCAGAACACAGCAGAAUAUCAACAAUACAAUACCCGAACACAAAUUUGUUGUGAUAAACCAAUAGAACGUUUAGGCAAAACAAAAUGUUGUUAUUUAAAAGAUGCCCAGGGACGUUUUUACCCAGCUAGUUAUGAUUCUAGUUCUCAAUGCUGUACUUUCCCAUUUUUGGAAAUAACAAAUAAAAAUGAGAAUGGAACUUGUACAUGAAAGAAUUGAGAGGAAAAUGAGAUUGAAGAUAAUAAAAUAAGG